AACUUUGAGGAUAUUGGAUACGUGAUUUGUUUAUUAUUGUUUUUUUUACAUUGUUUUUUCUUUUGGAAUAACUCAUGACAAGUUUAAGGAUUUUCUUAAAAGGAUUGCUUGUCUACAGGCAUGAGAGAAGAAAUCUUCUAUUUAUGGCCGAAGAUGUGCUUUUAGUUUCGCCUGAAAAAUGAAAGACGUUCCAUUAAAACCUAGUCAGAUAUCUCUGAUGCCUAAGACGAAAGUUGGCAUCAAAAAAGAAAAGAUAGCGAAGAAAAUGAAAGAUCAAAAACUUACUGCCCCAAAAUCGAACAAAGGCAAGAAUAAUUCGGUCAAAAAUGCUGAAAAUAAAACCAAAAGCUCUAAAGAAGGAAAGGAGGCUGUACCAAAGAGAAAACGUGGAAGGCCGAGAAAUGAUGAUAAAGUGCCGAAUUCGAAAAAAACAAAAAAUCAAGUUAAGGGGAACAACAAAAACGAUGUUAAGUCGGUCGGUCGUAAACGGAAAAUACCACAAACUGUCAUUAAAAUUGAGAAAGAUUUCAGUAUUCCUCCGCAAAAGAAACCAAAGAUACUUGACAUAAAUUACAAUGCCAGCAUGAACGGGAACAGCAAAAUUCCUCCUGCCCUUCUUUCAGGUAAACCUUGGAUACAAAAAGGUGAAUCACCCACCGCCAUUGAGCACACUGUAUCAAAUAGCAUGAACGGCAAUGGAACAUUCAAUACCAGCAAAAAGUCUUUGCCGUUUGGUACCAAAAAGCCGGGUUCCAUCUUGAAAAGUGCAACAUUUAUACCUCCUCCUUCCCCUCUCAUACAACCUCCCGCUAUCCCCAAAAAGGAAAUGGUCAACGGCAAUAGUUGGUUGAAGCCCUUAAAGGUUUCGCCUUUUAAGACAACUAAGCCCGUGAUCAAGAAAGAAAUUGAAAUCCCCAAAGAUAUCAUAAAAAACAUUAAAGUCGAAAAGGUGAACAAUGUUUUUGCUUCGUUCAAAGAACCGGUAAAAUCUCAUCCUCAAAGAAUGGCUAGUCUAGACGCAAUGGCAAAAAUGCAUGUCAUUUGUACCACUGACAGGAGGCCUAUUGAACACCAUCCUAAGACAAGUUCUGUUGUUACCAUCUGUUCGCAGCCUUUUGUAUCUGAGAAGUCCUUAACUCAGUGCCAUAAGAGGAUACAGUUCGAUUUAAAGAAAGAAAGCAAAGACUUCGAAGGGAGCAUUGUUCAUAAACAGAUUAAUUAUGUUAAAGAAAAGCAAGAAGUCAUCGUUUCCCACUCCGUUGAGCAGUCUUCGAUUUUAGAGAGAGAAAAACUGAAAAACUCUAACUUUAAAUCCGAAGAAGAAUGUGUAAAAAAGAAAAAACCUAAAUCUUCCCUCAAGUGCUUAUCUGAUAAUUCAGAAUCCAUCAAAAGUGUUAAAUUCAAACCCAAUUCAUCCAUUCAAGAAAAAAAUAAUACUAAAAGUGAUAAAACGAAAUCCAAAACUUCUAAAAACAAGGACACGGAUAAGAAAACGGAUAAGAAAACAGUUAAGGUUCAAAACAAGGGCAUUCUUAAGACGACUAAGAAAACGCCCAAAGAAAAACAAGGGAGCAAUAGUAAAAAGCUGAAGAAAAUCGAACAGACCAAAUCCGAAGUAAAAGUUAAAGAGACAAUUCGGAUGCAGAAAACGUGUACAUAUCAAUCCGUCACAACAGUAAAUACUCAUGGAACUAAUUCUAGCGUCGUACCCGUUAGUCACGUGGGAAUGACGACGAAUAUUUCAAAGACUAAAAAGACGGUUGUGACUGAUGAAGAAUGCAAAAACAAAAUAAACUAUUCCAGCGGGACUGUUAUGAAUAAUUCGUAUUGCCUAACGUCGGACAGUCCUUGCACUAUGGGUCAUCACAGAGAUUGCUGCAAUCUCCACACCCAUGCACAAAUCAUACCCAUAGCACAUGUGCAAACUUGUUCCAUUGGUCAUGGUGUAAAUAGGACUUCAGAUUCGUCUUCAUCAUCAUCCCAUUGUGAAGGAAGCUUUCCAGUGCAUAGGUUUGGCCAUCAACAAUCUAUCAUCUACUCUUCUCCUACUAUAGAUUAUGGUUGUUGCUGUUCUGGUUCCUUAAUGCAAAAUGUCCACGAUACUUGCCUUGUGAGAAAGAAAAUAGUUGCUUAUUCCCAUCACUUUCCCCACCACAACCACCUCUCGAACAGUACUUUCGGGUCUGAUGGACUGUGCACGGAUUAUCACCCCGGUAAUCCGACGUUCGAUGCUACGAAGCAUCACGCGCCGCACUUCGGCCUGUCUCCUCCCCCACACUCUCGGGUGAGUUGCUGUUCCUGCAGCGAGCUCCACCGAGACAGCAAUCAACACCAUCCCCAAUCGACCGGGAGUUGCCUUCAGUUUCUAUCUUCACCAAAGAGUUCAGCAAGUCUGGUGCCUUGUGAGCAGUCUCCGUUGGACCUAUCUCUGGCUUCGGCAGCCGCCUCCAACAGCAGUGCGGAUUCUGACAUUCCUUUCCAACCGGGACAGUGUCCCAGUCCACUGUGCUGCCGGGACCUGUUGCUGUUGCGGACAUCCGCCCCGCACGGAUGCCAAACGAACCAGUUCCCCGUCAGGAAAGCUUGCUGCAAGUGCGACCAGUCGAUCUGUGGGAACGCGAUGCGGUGUUCCGGCAAAUGCGUCAACAGGCUGGACCAGCCUUCGAAAUCGGCUAACCAUGUCGGCUUGCUGACGUCUGUUGUUAGCCAAGGAUCUGUUCUUCCAAUCGUGUCUGCGUCUACUGUUACUACUAAAAACGUACCUCAAAUAACGACGGAUAAUUUAGUGACGACCAAAAAGGAAAAAAUUGUGUCUCCCAAACAGUCCAGCAAACUCGCGGCAUCGAAAAAGAGACAGUUCGAGCAUGGCUGGAGUUGGAAAGGAAGACCAAGGGAAAAGCUUAUAUGCCUCACUAAUGACUCUGCUCCGUGUAUGAGGCUAUGUUAUCCAAGUGUGCAACACAAGGAAGGGGACACAAUCAGUGAGAGGGACUGCGUUCUUUUAAGGUCGGGUCCUAAGGACACGGACUUGCCAUAUGUCGCUAAGAUAGCUACAUUUUGGGAGAACCCUGAUGAUGGGGAAAUGAUGAUGAGCCUCCUGUGGUACUAUCGUCCAGAGCACACAGAGCAGGGUCGAAAACCUGGGCAAAUGGAAGAUGAGGUCUUUGCUUCAAGACACAAAGAUGCUAAUUCAGUUGCUUGCAUUGAAGACAAGUGCUAUGUACUUACGUAUAACGAGUACUGCAGGUAUAGGGCAAGUCUGACGAUGGAAGAGGAUACAAUAUCCAAGGCAUCCAUGCUGGUUCCUGAGCUGGCUGACGGAUACCCGAGGAAAGAAAGACUCCCCAGUGAUGCCGUGGCUAGUGAUAUCGUGUUCUUCUGUCGCCAUGUCUAUGACUUCAGGACAAAAAGAAUCCUCAAGAACCCCUCAUCGAACACUUAAAACAAUUCAUCUGAACUUAACAAGUCUCGUGAUAGCAGCUAGUCUAGACUUUGAAGGGAAAGGUACUGACUUUCUGUUCUGCUAUGAUAACAAAAAGAAAAAAAAAGGCAUUCGUAAUUGCAUAUCUGCCAGCUCCUAAUUGCACAGGAUCAGGAACUUACCUGACUCUGGGAAUUCGCGUGCUCUUGACGUACUUGGUUGAUAUUUUUAGUUAUUUCUUAGUAUUUUUCUAUAGUUUACUUGUUGCAACUUCUUGAAAAAAUUUAGUUUUUGAAGAUCCUCCUGACAAAUUUAUUGGUUUUUGUAGCUGCUUUUUUUAAGAAGUCAGUUUUUAAAUUUCAUAUGAAAAGUUCAAUUAAAAAAUUUGGUAUCAGCUUGGGAGCAAUAUCCGGAAAUUUUUAAUAUUUUUAUCAUGGAAACUUUCUACAUGUUGAAAUUUCUUUGUUAAAAUUCUUUAGUUAUAAUUCUUCCUUUAAAAAUCCUUCUGUGUCAACUUCUCUGAAGAUUAAGUUUCUCAGCGCACAAAUUUCAAAUAACAUAGUAAAUUUUACCUAUUUUUCUUUGAAAACUGUUUUGUUUUCCAUAGUAUCGUUAUAAAAGAUCUUUAAUUUUAAAAACUU